AGGGGCCGCAGUCUCUCGGUGUCAGUGACCCUUCGCUACGCCACUCGCCUCCCCCAGAUUCCUUCACAGGAUCUGUUUCGACGAUAAAGACACUUCAUUGACUUGUUCAUGGUCAUAAAUUCAUCCGAUAGAUGCAUAUAUGCAAGAGCCGUAUCAGUUCACAUGCCUCACGGCACAUGGCUACAGUCAAUUCACUCACAUAUGAUGAACAAUUUCAUUUAUGACCGCGCUGUUUACAUUUCAUUUCUUGGUUAUUACAGCAUGAAUUGUCGAUAUGCAAUGUUAUCAAUUGCCGCUGCCCCUUCCAACAUUUUUGUACCUUAUCUGUUCCUCAUGGGCUGGUGCACGCUUGCGUUGCGGUCAUCGUCAGGUUAUCAGGUGAUCUUCCCAUUCCCGUAUUUACCGACUAGAUUUCCCAAGCGAUGUACAAUUUUUAUUUCUUAGCAUCGAGCAACUGCAGGCCUUUUCCAUACGAGAUAGAAGUAUCAAGCUCUCCUAUACACAGAGGUCCCUAAUGGCG